GAUAUUGGUCAGCGUUCUGUCGGAGGAUUAUUGCAGGUGGGGAGGGCGACAAUUUGGCUACGAUAGGCGAUAGGAGCAGGUGUAAAUCACGCGUCACUCCCGAUCGUCUUGAAUUAUUUUACUUCGGAUCAGAAUUAAUGUGUUGAAGCCCUCCAUAAUCGAAAAUGCGCUCCUUGGCUUGGGUCAUGGCCAGUUGCGCUCUGUUCGUCGGUGCUCUUGGACUGACUGACGGGGCGAAAGGACAGCGACAGUGCAGCGAGACAGACUACUACUAUGAGUACACUGAGUGUGACAGUACAGGAUCUCGGUGGAGAGUGGCCAUCCCACACAGCCCAGGAGCCUGCGUCGGACUUCCAGAACCAGUACGCGGCACAGAGUGCACCUUCUCCUGUGAUUCCGGGGAGUUCCUGGAGAUGUCUGCUCAGGAGUGCACAAAGUGUGCAGCAGGAAGCUACUCCCUCGGCAGCGGUAUCCGCUUCGACCAAUGGGAUUCCAUGCCUGCUGGCUUCAGUAGCCUAGCAACCGCCCUGGAAAACAGCCCCAAUGGAGAUAACAAGCUCACUUGCAACAGCUCCUCUUGGGUUCCUCAAGGAAACUACCUGGAGUCCAACAGGGAUGAGUGCACCGUAUCUCUCAUUUACGCCGUCCAUCUGAAGAAGCAAGGGUCCGUCACUUUUGAUUACCAGUAUCCAGACAACAACUUGCUGUUUGAGUUCUUUAUCCAGAAUGACCAAUGUCAAGAGAUGGACCAGGCUGCUGACACCAAGUGGCUCAAGCUCACCAAUCAUGGUGAAUGGGCUACUCACACGGUGAACCUGAAAUCCGGCACCAACAUUCUGUACUGGAGGACCGGCGGAGUGCUGAUGGGCACCAAAGUGGUGAAACCUGUCCUGGUCAAAAAUGUUCAAAUCGAAGGCGUCGCCUACACGUCCGUGUGUUUCCCGUGUAAACCUGGAACGUUCAGCCGAUUUCCUGGCUCCUCUUCUUGUGAGCUGUGUCCCAGGGACACUUUCUCAGGCCACGGCGCCAGUUCCUGCACCGCCUGUGACACCACAUCACAAUAUGCAGCGGAGGGCUCUGCUAUGUGUAAAAAUCGUCCUCCAUGUUCCGGAAAAGACUUCUUUCAGCUCCACACAGCAUGUGACCACGAAGGAAAGACUCAGGUCAUAUACAAGUGGGUGGAGCCAAAGAUCUGUCUUGAGGGGGUGUCAGGAGCAGAGAGCCUGCCCCCGAGUGGAGACCGCGAGCCCUGUCCUCCUUGUAACCCUGGAUUCUAUAACAAUGACACCGCCACCUGCUCACCCUGCCCCCCUGGGACUUACUCAGAUGGAAAGAAACCGUGUAAGCCUUGUCCAGCGGGAACCGAGCCCACGCUGGGUUAUGAGUACAAGUGGUGGAACGUUCUUCCUACAAACAUGAAGACCUCCUGCUUUAACGUGGGAAACUCCAAAUGCGACUCCAUGAAUGGCUGGGAGGUGGCUGGUGAUCACAUCCAGAGUGGAGCUGGUAGCUCAGACAAUGAUUAUCUCAUCCUCAACAUCCAUGUUCCUGGUUUCAAACUUCCCACGUCUGUAUCGACACACACUGCUACCGAGUUUGGUCGCAUCACUUUUGAGUUUGAGACCAUGUGCACGGCCGACUGCGAGCUUUACUUCAUGAUGGACGUGAACAGGAAGAGCACCACAGUGGUGGAGUCAUGGGAGCGGACAAAGACCAGACAGUCGUACACACACGUCAUGACGAAAAAUGCUCCCGUGUCCUUCACCUGGGCUUUCCAGAGGACAAACCAACCUUCAGAUGUGCGUCGCUUCAUCAAUGACGUGGCCAGAAUCUACUCCAUCACAGUUACUAAUGCGGUGGACGGCGUGUCGUCGGAAUGUCGGGCCUGUGCCCUCAGCGCGCAGCCAUCCAGCUCCACUUGUGUCCCCUGUCCACCUGGACACUACAUAGACCCCCACUCCAGCCAGUGCACAGAGUGUCCUCCCAACACACACUUGGUCUCCCACAGCACGCCGGGGCCAGACGCCUGUAGGACCUGUGGACCAGGCAGUCGAAGUGACAAGGAUCACAGUUUGUGUUACAGCGACUGUCACUUCACAUACACAGACGGAAACGUCACCUUCACUUACGACUUCAGUUCUCUUGGGCCUGUUGGGUCGCUGAUGAACGGUCCCAGCUUCACCUCCAAGGGAACCAAAUACUUCCACCAGUUUAACAUCAGCCUAUGUGGCGGACAGGGACAGCUGGCGGUUUGCCAGGACAAUGUGACGGACCUGUCAGUCACCGACUCCCAGCGAGAGAAGGGCGAAGGAGCCAACUCAGUCAAAACCUUCAUCUGUCAGUCAACAAUCAUCCCAGCCAGCGGACGAGGCUUCCACACGGCUCUCACCUCCCAGUCCAUAAACCUGGCCGACACUUUUCUCGGAGCAUCAGUGGAGCCUUCUUUAAACGGAAUUCAGGCCGAUCCAGAAAUGUUUCCUCAGACGUCCCAGAAAGUUCCUGAUGUCAAUUUCUUCUACAGAUCUUUGGAGAAGACAGCAUCAUGUGACAUGGGUCGCAGUGUGGUGCUGACACUCCGGUGUAACCCGCAGAAGAGCACAAAAGGCGAGCUGACCGUGCCCAGCAAGUGUCCUGCUGGAACCUGUAAUGGCUGCACAUUUUACUUUCUGUGGGAGAGUUCAGGGGCCUGUCCCACGUGCACGGAGAGGGACUACCAUCGGAUAGAAGGAGCCUGCAAGAGAGGACACCAGGACCUCCUCUAUGUGUGGACUGAACCAAAGCUGUGCAUGGGAGGUGUGACUCUGCCUGAGAAGAGAACGCUGCCGUGUGAAGGCAUGGACUUCUGGCUCCGUGUUGGCACAGGACUGGGGGCGUUCACUGCUGUGCUGCUUGUGUCUCUCACCUGUUACUUCUGGAAGAAGAACAAACGCCUGGAGUAUAAGUAUUCUCGGCUGGUCAUGUCUGCCAACAAGGAGUGCGAGAUGCCUGGAGCUGACAGCUGUGCCGUGAUGGAGGGCGAGAACGAGGCCGACAUGGAGGAUGAGGUGGUUUACUCCAAACCCUCUCUGCUCGGCAAACUCAAGGCCAUCGCGUCAAAGGGGAACGGCGAGAGCUACGAAAAUGUGCAACUCAGCUCGUCCAAUUCAAAAGCUCUGGUGUGGAGUUAGAGGCGGACUUGAAUGACAGAUCACUAGAGACUGUUCAGAGCCAAUCCACAGUCCCCUCCUUUACUGAGCGUUGGUUUUGGGGACACCAGCUGCUCGACACACCCCUGCAGCCGGGUUCGGAAGUCACUCGAUGGCCUUAAGGUGUCUGGUGUGUAAUGUGAGAAGGGUGACGCCUCCUAGUGGACAUUCUCAUGCAGAGCGACGCCAGAAAGAGCUCAGGGUACGAAGAGGACCUUAUUCACGAUUUACUUUUUUUUUUUUUGUUUGUUUGUAUUUAUUCCAGUCUGUGACUUGCUGGUAGGGACCCUGCACAGGCUAAUAGAGCGAGGCUUGUUUCUUCUGUUUACCUAAUGUCACGAUAAAUAAGUUACUCCUGAGUGACGGAGAUGUCCUGUUGUGACUGGUUCCACUUUCCCCCCUGCCAAAUAAAUCAUGGUGUAUUUAUGUACACGAAUUGAUGUGUCACUUGAACAACACUCACGGUGAGCUCGU